AUGGGUGAACUGGAGACUGAGAGAGACGCACUGGAGCACUUCGUCGCUUCAGGAAGAGCCGGCAGACGUAAUGCCCUCCCAGAAAUCGAGUUCCAGGUGGAGACGAAUGAUCCUGGAGCGGCAAAACUAGCCGAACGACUGUCCGACCUGUCAGCACAAUGUGAUGACAAUGUCGAUUCCCGCCAGCACAACGAUCAACAUGGAUCACAACAACCACAAACGGCAUCAUCUUAGUGUACAUUGUACAGAAUUCUGUUGCCUGGAACUACACACGUGAUUCACUCUCGACCAAUUUAGGUUCAUUGGAACUAAUUCCAGCACGGCUAUACACAUUACGAUGAACUUCUUAUUCUUAUGGAUGUGUGCUCUCUUAAUUACGUCCUCCCCUAACUUUAUUCGUAUUUUAUAUAUAUUUUCCUCUUGACAUCAUGAUUGGAACAGCUACGGGUCGAACACGAUCUUGGCAUAAAUUUUUUGACGAUACUUAAAGUGUCCGUCACUCACUCUCAAAUUUCGCUACUUUUGUGAAUUUCUAAAGAAUGAUCAGCUGACGUUGAUGUGUUGGUAAAAAAGUUGUCAUAAGUUUUUUCUUUGAAUUCGUUCCAUGUCUAUAUUCCAUGUGUUUUUUUCCUUUUUUUGCACAGUCAUGAUCUGUUCCGAGUACAGCUACAACAAUUCUCAUGUACUUCUUGCCCCUUUUGUUUGUUUUCACUGAUGUGUGCUUGAAUGAUGAACAAUAAACGA